AUGGGUCAAGCAGGGUAUUCACAACUCAGCCAAGAUGAGGAGAAAUCAGUGCAGAAUGGACAUGAAAAUCUAUUCGACAGAUCAUCAUACCGCUCUAAACUUUCUCGAUCUCCCUUUUUCUACGUCGUAGACAUAAUACUCGCGCUCGCAGUCGCUUUCCUGCUCUUUCGACAACGAUCAUUUGAGAAAGUUCAGCAAUUUGACCUAAGCAGCGAUAUUACAGGUUACGUGCCACAGAUUGACCACCGCCUAGUCACAUUUACAAAACAACCGUAUUUUAUUUCCAACCACAGCAGUCUAGAGUCACUGAGACAGGCCAGGGAACACUGGAAAACGCUCGUUCCUCCUGGCCAAGGCUUUGUAGAGAUAGAUGAGGAGCUCGUGAAGAACCGUGCCAUGCCAAAAAAGAUUACAUGGAAGCAAGAUGGUGUGGAAGACCGAUAUAUGUACGGCACUGCAAUUGUGCAUUCCAUUCAUUGCCUGUAUUCGAUAAUGGCUGAAUACGAUGCCCUUGCUCUAGGGUUGAAAAGCAUGCCACGCGACACGUUACAUAUGGUGCGAGAAAGCUUUUAG